CUCCAGGCCACCUUGAGGCUACAGUCGAGCGAGGUGACAGACGAUGGCUCGCCUCACGCUGCUUCUGGUGGUCGCCGCGGCACUCGUGGUGAAGGCUUCGCCCUACGGUGACGACUACGGCUACGGCGGGCAUCACGACGACAAAAACGAUGACUGGAACGAGUUCCAGAGGUACCUGGAGCACGUUAACAGCGACGUCCGCGCGCUCGUCAAGGCCAGCGUGGACUUCCUGCGGUGGCGCGGCGUCCCCGUGAAGAGGGCUCUGGCAUACGCCUUGCAAGGUGUUCGGGUCCUGCUGCGGCUGUGGGGGAAAAUACUAAAUAAGGAAAAGGACUUCCACCACGAUAUUAGUUCACUGGACAACGCCAAGAAACAGGCACGUCACUCAGCACCCUGGGCGGAUAAAGAAAUAAAGGAAGCAGAGAAAAAGUUCCCUGACCUGGUUAACUGCCUCAAGGAAGUUGUGACCGGCCUAGUGAAGACCGUCACAGGCAUUCUCGGUGGCCUCGGCGACCACGGUGGCCAUGGUGACCACGAUGGCGACGGCGGCCACGGCGGCCACGACGGCUGGGACCACGGCGGCCACGGCGGCCACGGGCUGGCCGACGGCCUGCCUCUGGGGAAGGGCGGGCACGGCCCAGUUGGCGGUCUGGAGAUUCCGGGCAAUCUCGCCGGCAAAGGACACGGCGCCGCCGGUUUCGACGUAGGUGGCCUACUGGGACGGUGAGCUGGACUGUGUCACAUCAUGACCAUAAUCUACACAUGAAGACUGUAUCAUACUGAAAUAAUUGUCAAAUACAUGUCGAUUUGUUGUGACAAUGA